UAUAUGGUCACACUGGUCAAAACAUUGGAGUGGAGUUGCAUUUUGGCACAUUAAAGAAUGUUAAUUUAAGUGCAUAAAAUACGUAAAACAGCAACCACAAUUCAUCCAUAGAUAACCGUGCACAGGUAGCCCAUUAGAGAGAGUUCAAUUUGAUAAAGCACCCAAAGGAAAGUAUAUCCCUAUAAAAAAGGCUCCUGGGAUAGUUUUAGUUCCACCCACCCACAGACACACACACACGCACAAUUAUAAACACCCACUUAUCGCCCCCAUAACAUUCAAUAAGGAAGAAACAUGGAUCGCAAAGCUGAGCUCGAGCGUAAAAAGGCCAAACUGGCUGCAUUACGAGAGGAGAAAGAUCGACGCCGUCGUGAAAAGGAAAUCAAAGAUAUGGAAGAAGCCGCUGGACGCAUUGGAGGUGGUUCUACCAUAGAUAAAGAUCAGCGAAAAGAUUUAGAUGAAAUGCUUUCAUCUUUGGGCGUGGCUCCUGUUUCCGAAGUGUUAUCUUCCUUGUCAUCGGUUAAUUCAAUAACAUCGGAUAAUUCCAAUACACAAACACCAGAUGCUAGCCUUCAGGCCACUGUUAAUGGACAGGGUGGCAAGAAGCAACCACUUAAUCUCAGCGUUUACAAUGUGCAAGCUACAAACAUUCCACCAAAGGAGACUCUGGUCUAUACGAAACAGACGCAAACGACCAGCACUGGAGGUCAUGAGCGUGAUGUUCUUUCUUGCCACUCAUCGCCUCUGUCAGGAUAUAUGGAGGACUGGUGGCGUCCACGUAAAGCUCAUGCAACGGAUUAUUAUGAUGAAUACAAUCUUAAUCCGGGUUUAGAGUGGGAGGAUGAAUUCACAGGAGAUGACGAAGAGAGCUCGCUGCCCCAUUUGGAUCAUGGUUUCACUUCCAAAUUGCCGCCUGGUUAUCUAACUCAUGGUCUGCCCACGGUCAAGGAUGUCGCCCCAGCCAUUACGCCACUCGAACAAAAGAAAGAGCAAGAAGAGAAGAAGGAAGUCAAGGAGCUAUCGGAGGAGCAAAAACAGAUGAUUAUUCUAUCCGAGGAUUUUCAGAGAUUUGUUGUGCGCGCUGGUCGCGUCAUUGAGCGUGCUUUAUCGGAAAAUGUGGACAUCUAUACGGACUACAUCGGCGGCGGAGACAGCGAGGAGGCUAACGACGAACGUUCUCAUGCUCGACUCUCAUUGAAUCGAGCUUUUUACGACGAACGCUGGUCAAAGAAUCGUUGCAUCACCAGCAUGGACUGGUCCACACACUUCCCAGAGCUAGUGGUGGCCUCAUAUCAUAAUAAUGUUGAAAGUCCCAAUGAACCGGACGGUGUGGUCAUGGUGUGGAAUACAAAAUUCAAGAAGCAAACACCUGAGGAUGUCUUUCACUGUCAGAGCGCUGUGAUGUCCACCUGCUUUGCCAAGUUCAAUCCCAAUCUUAUUCUCGGUGGCACCUAUUCAGGCCAAAUAGUACUUUGGGAUAAUCGUGUCCAGAAGCGUACUCCCAUACAGCGUACCCCAUUAAGUGCGGCAGCCCACACACAUCCCGUGUACUGCCUACAAAUGGUGGGCACUCAGAAUGCGCAUAAUGUCAUCUCGAUAUCCUCGGAUGGCAAAUUGUGCUCAUGGUCGUUGGAUAUGUUGUCGCAGCCACAGGACACUCUGGAACUGCAGCAGCGACAGUCAAAGGCCAUUGCCAUCACCUCAAUGGCUUUUCCGGCCAAUGAGAUCAACAGUCUGGUUAUGGGCAGUGAAGAUGGUUAUGUCUAUUCGGCAUCACGUCAUGGCCUUCGCUCUGGGGUGAAUGAGGUAUUCGAACGACAUCUGGGGCCUAUUACAGGCAUCUCAACGCAUUAUAAUCAAUCGUCUCCGGACUUUGGUCACCUGUUCCUUACCUCGUCCAUUGACUGGACCAUCAAAUUGUGGUCGCUUAAGGACACGAAACCGCUUUACUCGUUUGAGGAUAAUUCCGAUUAUGUGAUGGAUGUCGCUUGGUCGCCCGUUCAUCCGGCAUUAUUCGCUGCUGUCGAUGGUAGCGGUCGUCUUGAUUUGUGGAAUCUCAAUCAGGAUACCGAAGUACCAACAGCAUCGAUUGUUGUCGACGGUGCGCCGGCGCUCAAUCGUGUAUCAUGGACGCCAUCCGGCCUCCAUGUCUGUAUUGGCGAUGAAGCCGGAAGGCUCUAUGUAUACGAUGUUGCCGAGCAUUUGGCGCUACCGUCGCGCGAUGAAUGGUCGCGAUUCAAUACGACGCUCAGUGAGCUCAAGAUGAACCAGAGCGAUGAGGUCUAGGGCGAACGGGGGGGGUUUGGUUCAGGCAUAGCCGAUAGCCGGUAGUAGUUAAUAGUUCAUAAUGCUUCCUUCCCUCCUCUUUCUCUCUCUCUCUCUCUCUCUGUCUCUCCACUCUAUCCAUAUAGCUGAUAUCAUAAUUUUCUAUCUUUGUUUCUAAUUUUGUUUAUUUUAAUAGAGGGAGAAGAAGAAAUAAUCGAAAAAAAAAG